CCGUCAGACAGGUUUGUGUGGACAGGCACUGCAGGUACUGGGUAUCACGCCGCUACAUUACGGCAAUCCAUGUUGUCAUGUCUACAAGAGAACAUUUUCAAGUCCACUAUGGAUACGGAAGGAAGUGAACAUGUGCUGCUUCGUGUUUGUUGUCUGACUACGAGUACACGAUUGUUUCAGGACGAGAACGAGGCCAAGAAUGAGACAGAAACUGCAACAACGUCCCCUCUUGACGAUGUGGCCACGCCAUAAGCUGGAUUAACAUGAACCCAGGGUAUUCCACUCCCAGGAACCAUACCUUCCCUCGUGACGGUGUGACAGUCAUCCCUUAUGACCUUGACCCCGCCGUUGAAGGUCACGACGAUAGUCCGCGUUUGACGUUCAGAACUCACUCAGGAGCUGCUUCUCUCGGAACAAGUGAUGAUGACGAUCACCUUUCAGUGACGUCAUUCCCGUUCCCACCCAGUCACAAUGGGGAAGCUGAAUAUGGUGGCCAAUCUUGUCCAAGCUCGAAUCUACAUUUUCACCCUGUGCGGUUAAAAAAGAAGUCUGUGUUUGUUACGUAUUUUCUGACAUUAUUUUUGGGGAUAGUUGGUGCUCAUCAUUUUUACCUUGGCCGCCCGAAAUUUGGGACAUUGUACAUAUUCACUGCGGGACUGCUUGGCCUAGGUUAUGUUGUGGAUCUGAUUCGUGUGCCGUGGUUGGUUGAGAAUGCAAACCUUGAACUUCACCAUCCGGAGCUGAGGGGAAGGAAGUAUCUCAUGGACGCGUAUCUUCUUUGGUUGCCUCCUUUUGGACUUUUAGGUUUUCAUCACAUCUACUUGGGCAACGUGUACACAGCUAUAGUGUACAUGAUAUCACUUGGCGCUAUAGUUCUGGGGUGGCUGUUGGAUAUCUGCUUUGUACCACUCAUCUGGAUGAAGAUAGCAAAUGUUGAUUAUCAACACGUUAUCUCAACUGUAAAUAAUCACAAUGCACCUGACAACACAGAGGUGAUCAGACAACCUGAUGUACUGUCAUCACAUGAUUGUGUAGUUGUGAUGUCAUCUGAUGACAUGGCAAUGGGUGAAGAUGCUGGGAGACCCCGUGCAACACUGACGCUGUCUCCGCCGCCGUAUUCUGAAGUGGAUGAACUCGCUGGGGACGCCUGCAGUCCGCCCUCCUAUGAAGAAGUACUAGCGAUGAGUGCGCGAGAAAGCAUCACUUGACAACACUGAUGGGAGAUAUGUCAGGAUGUCCUGAAAACGGUGCUUGCAAGCUGACAUUCUAUCGAACAUACGUUGUGAUAUUCUGGUCAUCCACUGAUUGUACGAUUGAAGGAUUUUGUUACCUCCUCACUUUCGUCCUGACGAUGUCUUAGCAGCAUCCACUGUUAGCUGAUAACCGCGAUAUGCACCAGUUUUUAAACAAAAAGUACUUUGCUGUGUUGGACCAUGAACGGACUUCCUAUGCUGGGAAUCGAACCAGUUAGUAUGGUGUGACAAGUGAACGUUUGGAUCUCAAGACGUCCUCCACAUCAAUCUCCAUAAAUUGAUUAACACUUUAAAUAAACUUAAAGGUACUUUAAAUAUUUGUAUUUGUAAUAACAUGAGAUUUGGGGUUGUUUAGUAAUGAAAACCACAAGGCUACCGGGUGUGAGCUGAGGGCACCAAUGCGCUCCUUGUACGUAAAACCCUGAAACAAUUGAAUGUAUAUAAUACAUCUAUAAUGACUUCCAGACAUAGUUAUCAAAUGUCUGGGCGUAUUUGGAUCUGGAUAGUGAAAACAAAACACACCAAAUGCCGCCUGUGCGGUUUUUCAGGGAGUUAUGCAGGGAGUACAAACAGUACGAUGAAAAAGCAUUUGUCAUCUAAACAUCCAAAUACUAGUUUGACCAGCCUAAACGUAGACAGGCCACUCUUGGGAUAUUUGCCAACUUUGGAAUCGGUGCGAAAGGGCCACACACAACAAUGCCCAUGUGCGGUAGCGACCUGCGACCACACAACACUGUGAAAGGUGACACUAUUGAUACUGUUCAUUAAACAUCUUGAAAUGUAA